AUGGACGUAGAGCCGAAAGGCGCGCUCAGGGAGGCCAGGGCGGACCCGUCCGUACAGGAUGCGCAGCGUUCAGCCUUGUUUGCACAACGGCUUAAGGAAAUCAUCCGUGCACCACGCAUUGUUUUCAGGCGACGCGCCGGCCCUGAAACGCGUAUCUCACGUAGCAACGCGACCGCGGUGAUGUACCUUGGGACGUGCGCGGAGCUCCACCCACGCACCGUUGAGACCGGGCGGCAAGACGUCACAGGUGUAUGGGCUGAACUGGAAAUAAGCCAGAAAAAGGACGUAGUAAACAAGUGUGGAGCCCUUUCUUUUUCGCUCCGCGGGGCGAGACCCCCAUCGGGCGCCAUGCCAAGAACGGGAAAAGAAAAGCCGUGCGUGCGGGGUGCGUGGGUGUUUGAGCUCGUAGCAACGCGUUUCUUUUUAGCACAAAGACAUGCAAGAGGACAACGACAAAACGAAAAAGAAAGGGCGCCUUGUCAGGCGCGCGUCUCCCUGGGUUUUGGUGUGGGUGUUGAUCACGUGGUUGCAGUUUUGUGCGCUUGCGCGUAA